AUGGCAUCACGUCAGUUCUUCGAUCCGGUGAUUCUUUUGCGAGUCGCUCCACUCAUCACCUCCUCUGCAACACUCUCGUACUGCUGGGCGCAGAACGUUUUCAUCAGCAUUUUCACUCGACCACGAAAUCGCGAGAAGAGCAACCCGCUCCUGCCAACUUACAUUGGAGACUGGUUCUAUGGUUACACCGGUCAGCUUAUUGCAGUCUAUACGACAACCAUCUUGACUGCAAGUGCAAAUUGUUACUUUCAUCGUCAGAUACUUGCUGCAUCAAACUCAGCGAAAUGGUAUGCCGCGGGGGCAGUAUUCAGUGCUGCCCACUUCGCGUUCGUUCCCGCCGUUGCUUGGAAAUUCACAACUAUUAUGAACGACGAGACCAAGGGAAACAGCGUCAAAGUGCUUGAUGAGUGGCUCAAGGUUCAUCGUAUCCGAUCUCUGACGGUAGACAUCAUCAGCUGGGGGUGCAUUCUCCUGGGAGUCUUGAGAGCUUUAGAUGCUUAG